GAGACCCCGACACGACUCUGGCUCGUCCGCGAGUCCGCUAGCCGUGACCCACGACCAGGACAUGGAAGCUCCCCUUGGAGUCACGCUCAGCCAAAGCAUGGACUCAGUCAACACCAACAACGGAGAAGAAGAGGUGCGGACGUUAUUCGUAAGCGGUCUACCUAUGGACGCCAAGCCUCGAGAACUAUAUUUAUUAUUUAGAGCUUAUGAGGGUUACGAGGGAUCACUACUAAAAGUAACGAGUAAAAACGGCAAAACGGCAUCGCCCGUGGGGUUCGUAACUUUCAACACGAGAGCGGGAGCGGAAGCGGCCAAACAGGACCUCCAGCAGGGUGUAAGGUUUGACCCCGACAUGCCACAGACGAUCCGACUGGAAUUUGCUAAAAGUAACACGAAGGUUAGCAAGCCCAAACAGCAAGCUGCUAACGCCGCCAACACGCACCCAACUUUGAUGCACCCCCUCACAGGACACUUGGGAACGCCGUUCUUCCCCGGCGGUCCGGAGCUGUGGCAUCACCCGCUGGCGUAUUCGGCGGCAGCGGCCGCUGAGUUGCCCGCCGCCGCCCUGCAGCACGCCACCCUCGUGCAUCCGGCACUGCAUCCCCAGGUCCCCCCACCGAUGUCCAUGCCGCACCCCACCGCCUUGACGUCGGUGCACGCGGCCUCACUACCCCAUUUCCUGCCCAGUCCGGCACUGGCCAGUCCGGUUGGUUCGUCGUCGUCGCAACCGGGCUUGGGGGUGAGCAAUCCGCCCUGCAGCACGCUCUUCGUCGCCAAUCUUGGCCAGUUCGUGUCCGAGCACGAGCUUAAGGAGAUCUUCGCCAGCUUCCCCGGCUUCUGUCGGCUGCGCAUGCACACCAGCAGCAGGGGCGCACCGGCGGCGGGCGCAGCGGCGGGCGCAACGGGCGGCGGAUCGCCGGUGGUCUUCGUGGAGUACCGGGACGUGGGGAGUGCCGCGCGCGUCAUGGCCGCCCUGCAGGCUUCCUUCCUGCUGUCGUCCGACCGCGGCCCCAUCCGUAUCGAGUACGCCAAAAGCAAGAUGGCGCACGAGGUCGGUCCAUCCAAGAAACAGAACCGAAUCCAAGAACCUCCCAUGUGUCCCUGUGCCUCCGCUUUUAUUUGCCUGCCUGACAGAUUAUUUCCAGACCACACGCAUUUCCCGCGCCCGAUCAAAUGGGUCGGCUUCGGAAACUGAUCAUGUUCUAAUCUAAAUUCUUAUUUAUAAUA